CGCGAUUCCUUGAUUCCUUCCUCAAAACAAAGGAAGAACGGAUCUUGCCUGAUCGCUAAAAACGCCACGGUCGUCAUCCGUGUCACAUCGUCAGCUCGCAGUCUGACAAACAGAAUUUGUCGAACCAUAAUCCGAAAUCUAAAAACGGAAAAGCCCGCAUCGGGUCAAUCGUCGCGAGUCGAAUCACCGGGGGAUUCCGAAAUCGAGAACUAACCCCGCAGAUUAAAGUUCGACGUCUGUCGCAGUCGAUUCUCUCCUGCCGCUCUUAGCAUCGUCCUGAAGUUUGCCGCGUUCGAAAAAUCGUCAACCGGCGUUUAAGCCGCCCGCCUCGAGUCCCGGCGACAGUUGAGCGUCGGGUUCGGCCGAUCGCGGAGUGUUUCGCGUCUGUUCCUUUCCCUCGAUAAUCGUAUCGCGUUUCGGGGGAGUGUUUUUCUCUUGUUUAAACGUUAUUAUCGUAUCACAGUUUUCGUUGUUGUUGUUGUUAUAACAGUUUCUUCUUUAUUUUCCAUUUGAGACGUUGAUAAUUCGAACAAUCUUUGUAGUUUGUUCGUUCAGUGUUUUGUGGUUGUUUGGAAGGUUUUUUUCGCCGUGUUAUAAAUGCGUCAGAGGGGGGGAGGACGAGGAAAAACAAAGACAAUAUCCUCCCCGCUUGUGUUUGCUGUUUAUUUUCGACGACGAUGCAGAGAUCAUCGAGUAGUUUGCGUUGGUGCGGGUAACGUAGACGCUAAUUGAGGAAUUGACAUUUGUCUCUCGCGUCGAAUAGUUGCUCUCACUAAUUCUACCUGCACAUGAUACGUAUCUGACCGUCUGUUGCGUAACACAUACGAGAUCGGAUUCGUCCACGGUUGAUGGAAGUUACGAAACUGUGAUGAAUUAACGUCAUUUAUGACUAAUUCACAAGUUGCAGAAUCGAAACGCGUCGCGCGGCGUGUUAAUAUUGUGCGUGGCUAUGGUCUUUGCCAAAUCUACGCUUAAUGCGUUAAAAUUAUACGACGUGCGUGCUGUGAUGUUUGUAAUCAAAUGUGCAUUUUUCAAGUUUACAAAGUGAAAUUUUUGUUAUUAUUAUUCUUACUCGUCCUCGAGCAAUAACUCGCCUCGUCGUCAUGGCAUACGUACUUUGGAGAGUCUUCAUGAAAAAGUACACCAAGGUCCGAUUGGGAAUUAGGAAUCUACCGGUGAAUCCGGCCGAGCGUCAGGCCCCGGAAAAGGAGGAAACCUGGACCUUGGCGUCGGAGAAUCAUCACCAGGAGACGGUGGAUGAAAAGAAAGGGGCAUCGCACUCGGUGGUCACGCCCUGCGAUUACGAGCCUAAUCUACCGCGUAGCCACGAAACCCGAAAGAGCAAGACCAAAAGGGUGAAGAAUUAUUUGAGGAAAAAGUGCAAGGACGCUCUUUCCAAGUCAGAGGAUGCGGCAGGAGCCGAGAAACGAAGGGACCAGAAGUGCACCUCUUGGUACGUCGACGAAAAAUGUAGCGAGGAGGAAUUCAUGCGCGAUCAUUUGGACUCUUCGUCUCUUGAUCGAACCGCCGAUCGCCGAGUCUGCGAAUCGGUUGAAAAAAUCCAAUCCAGAGGGAGCAGAUCUUCGCUCUACGAGGACGCUACCGACGUCUUAUUGGCCCAGGAUGAAAACGUCCUCGCCGUUCCUUCCGUGAAUUCUCAGGAAACAUCCCGUGGGUUGAAACCUCUUCCAGCCUCAUCUGCGGAGACUCUAGUUUCGGAUGGUGUUAACCUACAUUGUGUUCUCGACAAGUGCGAAUCCAGUGACACUUUAGUGCCUGAAUUAUUGUCAACGGAAACUACGAUCGUUGUCGCGAAGUAUUCUUCUAGUCGCAAGAGUAAUGACAGUUCUGCGAUUGAAUGUGGUGCCGAUUGUGAUGCGGCUACGUUUUGCGAGAGUCCCGAUGAAGACGUACCUCGAGAUCGAACCAAUCGUAACAACGAAGCGGAAGUUGUUGCACCCUCUUCUCUCAGCAUCGGUGAACCCGUUCAGCAUUUGAUACUCGGGGGACGGUACGACGUCGCGACGUUGGUUAAAAAUCUCCUCGGACCAAUAUACGGUAACGGAGUCCUCGACCUACUGACCAGACAGGCGCGAGACAUCCUGGUAUGCGCUUAUCACGGGAAUCUUGAUGAAUUUUUAAAGUCCUUCUUAUCGCCGGCAGCCACGCUCCUCGCCGAGGUCAAGGAAGUAGCCAUGAAAAAUGGUAACGAGUCCGUGGUUCCGAAAGGGUGGCCCUUGACACUCGGCGAAAUCGGUCUGGUGAUCCACCUGGGUGAGUUGGAGGCUUCGGCGCUACGCGUCGGGGAAUGCUACCUCUGCGCGAGGAAACCACGGGGGAGGAGCACAGACCCUAGUUCGAAUCUCGUCCAGGAACCCGUCGAAAUAGCCCUGGUGUGGCGAUCGUCAAUGCGGGCCCCAGGGAUCCUCGGCUGGGACCGCGAGGACGAGUUCAUGGACUGGCGAGACUCGCACAAGCGGAGAACGGGGGCCAGCGAGUCGGUCGCUCGGCCGCGUCGCCGGUCUCGCGAUGACCUGGCUCAGGGUGACGCUCCGAGCGACGUCGAGGUGGUGAGCAACGGGGCGAGAGGCGAGGAGCCGGUUCGUCGACGGCCAGACUCCGCCGACCGGAUCGGACGACAGCCAAAUUUGGCCCUGGCCAAAUCCAGGUCCACGUCGAGCGUCGACUCCUGGCAGGAGGAGGCGAAGACGGAGCGACGGCGACGUCCGGGCGACGGUGUCGAUGUCCCGAGGUCCGAAGGUGCCAGGAUCAAGCGGGGGACGAGCGUCUCGCCGAUGACCGUUGAGAACUGGAAGGAGAGCAACUCCAGGUGGGAACCGAAAACGCGAACGCUCGCUCCCCGUGACCUAAAAACACCCUUCGCCCUCGAGGCGGUCGUAGCCGAGUCUGAGAGGGAGAAGGACGCCAGUGAUCACCUGCAGGACCUUCGUCCCGACGCCGUCUCGGACGAGGAUCUUCCGGGGUACAUCGGCACCCUCUUGGUCAGCAUCGAACGCGCCAUAGAGAGGGUGUCUAUCGACGAUUUACCCUUUCCCUGUCCGUCCUGCAGACACGGUGACACCGACGAUCCUCUUCUCGGAUGCAAGUGCGGAUCGCAAUCCUGCGGCUGUUCCAACGAUUACUGUGAAUGCGCCACUAACCAGCCCGAGGAGUCUCACACCUUUGAAGUCGCUGGGAUUAAACACAUCGACAGCGACGAUGAGGAGGAAGUCCGGAUGGGAUUUGGCGCGAGGAAAAAAGGGCAAGACCUCACGCCACCGCGGAGUAUUCACGACCUGCCGGAUCACCUGCUUACCUGCGGUCUCACGUUACCAGGGUACAAAGACUGUGCCGACAGACCUGUCAUCGAAUACGACAGCACUGUGUCACCGACGGAGGCUAUUUCGCCGGUCGAAAUCGCCUGUUUUAUUCUCUACCUCGUUCACCUACCCAGUUCCGACCGAUCAGAUACCGAAUUCACGUUACUCGUGACUGGCCAGCCGUCCGAAGAAUUGGAUCUUCUCGACAACGCGUUUCACCUCCUGCAGCGUACAUUGAGAGUUUCUCAAGCCUUGGUGCUUCGAAAUUCAUGUGACGAGGCACCCGGCAGGCCGCUUUUACCCCGCAGUCAAAUCAAGGUUGUAUUCGUAGACGAGGAAACUAUUUCCAAACACAUCUCAAACCGGCAUCAAAAAUCCGAUCAUCUUCAAUGGAUAUCAUUUUUCAAGGAAUACGACACGGUGAUGUCGAAGUGGCAGGCUGCGGGUCGAAAGCUCGCCAUGGCCAUGUCGGAAUUAAAGGAGUGUGCGAUUAUUCCGCAACCGUUGGUUCCGCUCAGUCGUCUGCUGACAGAUCCUACAGUAAAACGCACACCGGCUGAUGCCAAUGAGGUGAUCGCCCUCCUCGAGGAACGCUCCCAAAACAUUCGCCACGUCGAGCAAGUCAGGCUAUCCCUGGAUCGGGCUCGUCGACUGCUAACGGAAGUCAGUAAUGCAGCGACGAGGCUUGAAUCGUCCUGCGAAUCUCGACGAGCUAUGAUCAGGAAUUUAACCAUCCUCAGAAACAUCGAGGACCAGGCGCGCGAGGUUUUAUCCUGGCUCUGCAAAAAGGGCGAGGAAACACUUUCGAGACACUCCAGACCAUCGGCCACCAAUCUUCCGGCAGCCAAAAUCCACGAACGUGAUUUCGAAAAGUUUUACUUCACGUCGAUGAAACACCUGGACAAGGGUAGCGACCUCGCGGAGGCGGCGAACACGAGCGGUCUCCGGGAGUUGGCGCGUUCCCUGAAACAGCAUCUACGUGGUUUCGGUUCGCGUCUAGAGGACACGAGGGAGCGUCUGGAGGACACUUCGCGAUGUUUUCUGCUCCUGGACCGAGCCUACGAAUGGGCACUGGAGGCUACGAGGGUGGUCGGCGAUCGUCGUGCCCAGCAGUUUCUUAUGGCGAGGCCGCCGCUUCCCCAGGAACAUUUCGCCGAGAUGGUUACCCUCGCUGAAAAACUCGGCAACGAAUCACUCCUGGAGCAGUGUCGCGUAGCCAGAAACAGGUGCGCCGAAGCUCUCGAGCUGACGAGGUCUCAAUCAGCUCCCGGAAGUCCUGCCAGGAGAAGAUCCUUCGCCGCUACCGGAUCUGCCGCUUCCUGGGACGACAGCCUGACGAAACGCACUUCCUGGGACGACAGCGACAGCGCUUCCUGUUCCUGUCCCGUUGACGGCGGCGUCGGUUCGGGAUCAGGAAACGGCGGUCGUCCUGCCCUCGACAACAUCGCCGAGCUUCGCGAAAGCGCCGAACAGCUUCUUGACUCCUCUCCACCACGUUCACCGCCCCGAUCACCGGCGCCUCGACGCCUUGCAAAACCACCCGUCAAUUCGCACCUGCACCGAGCACCCAGUAUUGCGCCUGGAAUGAAAGCUAAGAAAACAAUACUGCUCAUAAUGAGGGAGAUGAUACAGACUGAACGAGAUUACGUGAAAUCACUUGAGUACAUAAUAGAGAAUUACAUUCCGGAACUGGUGCGGGAAGACAUUCCGCAGGCUCUUCGGGGGCAGAGGAACGUUAUAUUUGGCAAUGUUGAAAAAAUAUACGAAUUUCAUAGCCAACAUUUCCUCCGGGAAUUAGAACAGUGCGAACAGUGUCCAAUGUUCGUUGGACAGUGCUUCAUAAGACACGAGAAGAAGUUUUACCUUUACGCACUUUACAACAAAAAUAAGCCCAACUCUGACUCUCUGAUGGCCGAGUAUGGGACAGCAUUUUUCAAAACAAAACAGUUGGAGCUUGGAGAUAAGAUGGACUUGGCGAGCUACUUGCUGAAACCGGUGCAGCGGAUGGGGAAAUACGCUCUGCUUUUGCAGCAGCUCGUCAAAGCUGGCACCGAUCUCUCCGAUCAGAUAGCCAAUAAAGACGAGAAAGAAGACAAAGAGGACAAGGAAGAAGAACCGAAACCUCUCGUCGAGGGGGAAGCGGAUCUGAGAGCUGCCGAACAAAUGGUACGAUUCCAACUACGCCAUGGCAACGAUCUCCUUGCUAUGGACUCUCUGCGAGAUUGUGACGUUAACGUCAAGGAGCAGGGGAGGUUGCUAAGGCAAAACGAAUUCCUCGUUUGGCAAGGAAAGGGUAAAAAGUGCCUGAGACAAGUGUUUCUUUUCGAGGAUCUGAUACUGUUCAGCAAGGCCAGAAGAUUCCCGGAUAGAAAGAACCUUGACAUAUAUAUCUACAAAAAUAGCAUCAAAACGACUGACAUAGGAUUGACAGCUGUGAUAGCCGAUUCGCCGACUAAAUUUGAAAUCUGGUUCCGCAAGAGAAAACCCGGGGAUACCUACACCUUGCAAUGUGCUAACGAAGAUAUUAAAAAGACCUGGACUGAGGAGCUUAGCAAUCUUCUCUGGAAACAGGCGCUCCGAAACAGAGAAGUGCGCCUGGCAGAGAUGUCGAGUAUGGGCAUUGGCAACAAACCGUGUCUUGACAUCAGGCCAAGUGCCGAUCAGAUCAACGAUCGUUCGAUCAGCGUUGCUCAGCUUUCCAAAACUCCGAGGUUCAGAAACUCCAUAGCAGUCUCAGUUUCGGAGGAUUCUGGUCGCUGUAGUCGAAGGCCACACAGCGUAAUCUCUGUUAGCUCUUCAUCGAGCAGUGGCGGAAGCAGCGGACCCACAGCAACGCUGCAUUUAGGGCUGGACACAAGUCCUCGUCCGCAUCACCGAAGCACCACAUUGAACAGUCAGUGCAGCGUCGAAAGCGGCAUAAUCGCCGAUAUUUCAAUCGUAUCCGACGACGGUGGCGAGGGUACUGAAAGAAACCACUGGAAUUCCUCACUGGAAAGUCCAACGUCUCACCUACCAGCUACGUCAACUCCGCUCCAAUCGCCAACGAACGCGACUUCGGUUCCAGUAACAAUGCAGCCGUCCGUUUCUGACAGUAAUCUGACACCUUAUGACCAGGAUAUCUCAAUUAAUUUGUAAUUAUUAGGUAAUAACCUAUAGCCCAGUGACACGCGAGUUUAAAAAUGCGAUUGAAAUUAUCAUCUAUAGUUAUACAUGUGUAUGUGAAUCGAUUCACUUGUGACAAAAUGCACCACGUUUAUCAUAAUUUUUCUACGCGAUUUACACUGGUAUUAAUAUAGCUAUAUAUUCAAUUAAUACCUAUAGAAGAUCACGUUUCAUCUAUUGAUUAUUAUCGUAACGACGCAAGUAAUUGUCCUACGCUUUGAUUCUCUUGUCAUGGGAUUUAGAAAAUAUCAUGAGGGAACAAACGGCAACUGUAAGGGGUCACGCGUAAUUAAAUUACGUAAUUGGUUAACGUUUGUAUUGCAUUCUAUUGUUAUACAAAGUGAAUCGAUACUUAACUUUUCAUCAGGCAUAGAUACUUCGGUCCAAUUUGUCUACGACGUAACAUAAUGUCUUACAAUUGAGCAUCGAACUAGCUCAAACAUGUUUUUACAGACAGGAAAAAAGUAAGCUGAAUUUAGAGCUGUUGUAGUAUGAUUAAUACGAAAAAAGGUAGCUGAAAGUAAUUUUUUUAUAUCUAAUAAUAAAAUGGUCACACGUCUGACUGCAAAAAAAUAUUUUUCACGUAUAAAUGAUUUCUUUGAAUAAGACAUUGAUUGUUUUUUCACAGAUUGUUAGAGCUGAUUUAAAUGUCGAUCCUCCCGAUCGAGAUUAUAAUAUAAACGUAUUAUUCUUCGUCUGGACCAAAGAUUCAAAACCAUUUUCACAAUGUUUCUUAAUCUUCAUUGUGCAAACAAAAUAUGACAACCAAAAAAUCUUGCCUAGCUGUGUGUUUUUAAAAUUCGAACGUUAAUUACAAUGUUUUUAGUUAUCGCGGCCGAAUAUCUUGGACAUAUACUACGAAUAAUUAUUCAAAAAAAUCCGUGAUUCGUUCAGGAGGAUCAACAAUACGCACACGUACAUAAACACAUAUACAUAUACAUACAUACAUACCACGUUGUAUUAUAUUGUAAUAUUGAAAUUUAUACUAUACAGCCAUAAUUGAUAGAAACAACCAUAGUCUAUUAUCAUUUCCAGAUUAUAUAUUAAAUAUAGAAUAUAUCAGAUUUUUCAUAAAUGAUACGUAUGUCAGUUUAUUUGUACAACCUUUAAUUACUCUUAGUUUAAUAGUAUAUUAGCAUUAACUCUGGCCUGUACACAGAAGCCAAAUUUUUAUUUCAUAGAUUUUAUGUUUAAAAAUACUACAAAUAGAUAUACAUAGGUAUAUAUAAAUUCAAACAUAUGCACAUACACAUAUAAGUUAAAGUCUACGCGUGUGGUCGCUAGUUUUAGAGCAGCUUAGAGAAAAGUUUAAUCAAACAAAUUAUAAGCUCAUCUUAAGACAGAGGCCACAAGUCCUUGAACUAUUUGAUAAAUUAGACGCGAUUGGUUCGGACAAACAUUUGUUCAGAUUUGCCAUUCUGUAUUUUUCUUUUAUGCAAUAGAUUCCUCUUAUAUAACGUCGUUAUAAUUAAAAAUAAAUGAUUUUUUGUAUUCGGCUUUACGUUGUGUACAGAAAUUUACCGACCUAAUUAUAAUAAACAAAAUUUAUAUUUUUGUACUGUAAUACAAUUGAUAAAUAACUGAGGUGUGUUUGUCUGAACUAUGAGAGAUUGGAAUGAAAUGAAUUUGAACCUUUUAUUUGGGUCAUUCCAACAAUACAAAAUCACUGUAUCAUCGCACGUAUAAUUCGAGCAGCUAUAGCUAGCGUUCUCGUGCAGCCAUUUUUUUCCAUUUUAUUUUAGUUUAAUUUAAUGGUCUGCCAAGGUAUUGCAAUAUAUCUUAUGGAAAGUGACCGUAGUUGAAAUGCGUUUUCUUUUACGUGUCAGAUUAUUGAAAUUAUAGGAUAAUAAAUCGUAAAACUGUCAACUUAGCGCGUUGCAAUUUGCAAAAAUAACAUCAUCCCAGUCUGAUGCACCUGAAUAAUUCGAUGGUAAUGGAUCAAAUCAUGCAAAUGUUGAAUUGAGAAAAUUUUAUUUGUGUAUUAAAUUGAAAUCAAAAUUAUUUUCAAACAGAUUCGUUGAAAAUAUACGUAUUUAUAUAACGGUAGUUUGAAAAUAGAAGUUGGUGCACUUGGCUGAGCACGUUCUCAUAAGUUUCAAAUAACCGAACUAGAUCAAGAAAACAAAAUAUCAUAGAAACGAUAACUAUUUUUUACCAUUUUGUUCGUACCACGUUUUAGUACUAUACAAACUUUUUCACAAGUUAUUACCGAAGUGAUAUGCCGUACAUGUCGGUAGUACCUUGUAAAGUAUUGUUGUACCAAUAGUCAUUUAACAUUGAUGUACUUUUAAGGUAUUUAUUAUUCAUAUUAUUUUUUGUUUUUAGACAGUUAGUUUUGAAUAUGUACCUACCUUGAGAUCUUAAUCUUAUCUUACAAUUAAUCAAUUGUAUAUAUAUAUAUAUAUAUAUAUACAUAUAUAUAUAAAAAAAAUAUUAUAUAUAAACACAUGAUUAUCUCAGUAUUGUACUGUGUCUAACACCGAUGUAUUUUAUUACUUGAUUAAAUAUAUUAUAUUGGGUGCCUUUUGUAG